UGCUAUGGUUACACUGCUAUUUUUUUAGGCUAUGUCUAUACUUACCAGGGAUCAAUGCUGCGGUGAUCAAUGCAGCAGGGUUCGAUUUAGCAGGUCUAGUGAAGAUCUGCUAAAUGGACUGCAGAGUGCUCUCUGGUACUCCACCGGAAUGAGAGGAGUAAGGUAAGUUGACCGGAAAACGUCUUCCAUCAACACAGAGCAGUGUAGACAUCGCAGUAAGUCGACCUGGGCUACAUCGACUCCAGUUACGUUAUUCACAUAGCUGGAGUAGCGUAACUUAGGUCGACUUACCCUGGUAGUGUAGACGAGGCCUUAGUGAGCUAACUCAACCAAAACUUGCUUGGGUAUGCCUACACUUGCUGCAAUCCCACCUUCUAGUCCUAGUGUAGAUACACCCUAAGUGACUUUUUCAAAAGUGGCUUGAGCGUUUAGGCUUCUAGUCCUGUUGACUUUCAAAAAACUCUUAGGAUCCUAACUGCCCAGGUCACUUUUGUAAAUGGGCACAUACGCACUUUUUAAUACUUUACCUUAGUUUUACCUAGGUAGGUGCAGUGUAGAUGGGCAGAGAUAGCCUUUUGUUCUUUGAAGAGAGAUCUGUGGAUCAGGUGCUACCUUAUCUGUGUUAAUUAACUACAUCUUAGAUUACAUCCCCAAAAUCUUGAAUUGACAGAUGGAAAGAAUCAAUAUUUUUCACAAACCCAGAUUUCAAAGUGUUUAAUUUUGAGUCCACCUUUCAUUUUCGAACAUCCAGUCUCUCAAAGUUUAAUGGAAUGCUUCAAAUAUCAUAUGGAUAAUUCACACCAAUUUAGAGAAAUCUGCAUUCCUGAGAGUUUGAAUAAAUACGUUUACAUAGAAAUCAGUGUUUUUCAGGUGACUUUACUGUAAUUGGUCCUUUUCUAGAUUGUAGCUGUGAGUUGUAGGACUCAAAGUGUAGGGUCAUACAUAGCAGUUUGUGAUAUCUUCUUCUCUUUGAGGUUUCAGGUAAAUACAGAAUAAGCUCAAAUGGUGGAUCAUACUUCUGCAAGUUUAUUUGAUAACCAGAAAGGUCGUUUGGUGGGUGCCCUGGAUGCAGUGCUAGAUUCUAAUGCACGUGUUGCUCCAUUUCGAAUUUUACUUCAAGUUCCAGGAUCACCAGUUUACUCUGCCAUAGCAUGUGGUGAGUUAUUGAAUGGAUCAGAAGUUUACUGGGCCAUAGCUGCUGGUGCCACUUUAGAGGAGAUAAAUCAGCACUGGGAGUGGCUGGAGCAAAACUUACUCCAUACUUUGUCUGUUUUUGAUAAUAAAGAAGAUAUUGUUAGUUUUGUCAAAGGGAAAGUAAAGGCAUUGAUAGCAGAAGAGACCAGGAGUAAAGUAGCAGAGCAGGAGGAGGAUCCUGAGAAGUUUCGAGAGGCGCUAGUGAAAUUUGAAGCCAGAUUUAACUUCCCUGAAGCAGAGAAGUUAAUUACCUAUUAUUCAUGCUGCUGCUGGAAGGGUAAAGUUCCUCGUCAAGGCUGGCUUUAUCUGAGCAUCAACCACCUCUGUUUUUAUUCCUUCUUCCUAGGCAAAGAAUUAAAACUCCUAGUUCCCUGGGUUGAUGUCCAGAAACUGGAAAGAACCUCCAAUGUCUUUAUGACUGAUAUCAUCCGUAUCACCACUUCAAGUAAAGAACGAGACUUCUCCAUGUUCCUUAAUAUUGAUGAGGCAUUCAGGAUAAUGGAGCAGCUGGCAGACGUAACGCUCCGAAGGCUACUAGAUAAUGAGAUCUUUGAACUGGAUCCAGGUCUCCAGGAUCCUACUCAGAUUACAAAAAGGGAUCUCGAAGCUAGAGCACAGAGUGAGUUCUUUCGGGCCUUUUUCAGACUGCCGGGGAAGGAGAAGCUACAUGAAGUUGCAGACUGUUCUUUGUGGACUCCAUUUAGUCGCUGUCACACAGCAGGAAGGAUGUAUACUUCAGACAGCUAUAUCUGUUUUGCCAGCAAAGAAAGUGGGUGUUGCAAUGUUCUCAUCCCCCUUAGAGAGGUGGUUAGUAUAGAGAAGAUGGAGGACACUAGUCUCCUUCCCAAUCCCAUCAUUAUUAGUAUAAGGAGCAAGAUGGCCUUUCAGUUCAUUGAGCUGAAGGACAGAGAUAGCUUGGUGGAGAACCUGCUUCUGAGACUAAAACAAGUCAACACCAGCAACCCAGUGCACUAUAACUGCUUGGAAAAAAAAGAAACGAACUCUCUCAUGUUUCAUUCGACAUGUGUGUUCAGUGACUGUGAGUCCCGGGAUUUGGGAAUGGUGGCUUCCCAAAGCGAAGACAAGAGUGAAGGUGAAAAGGAGAGCAGUCACUUGUUAAAUGCAGAGGCACUACGAUCAGUCUUUCACCAGUCCGGAGCUGAAGGGAGUGACUUCAGGAUGUCCAGGGAACAAAUAAAAGAAAGACUGUGGAAUGACCAUUUUGCGGAAUACGGCAGAACUGUGUGCAUGUUUCGCACAGAGAAGAUUAGAAAACUUGUUGCAAUGGGAAUCCCAGAAUCUUUACGAGGCAAACUCUGGCUCCUCUUUUCAGAUGCUGUGACUGAUCUUGCCUCCCAUCCUGGUUACUACGGAAAUUUAGUGGAGGCGUCAAUGGGCAAGUGUUGCAUGGCAACAGAGGAGAUUGAACGGGACCUGCAUCGCUCAUUACCUGAGCACCCAGCCUUCCAGAAUGAAACUGGGAUAGCAGCCUUGAGGAGAGUUCUGACAGCUUAUGCACAUAGGAACCCCAAAAUAGGAUACUGCCAGUCUAUGAAUAUUUUGACCUCUGUGUUGUUGUUGUAUGCCAAAGAGGAGGAAGCUUUUUGGCUGCUGGUUGCUGUGUGUGAGAGGAUGCUGCCAGAUUACUUUAAUCAUCGAGUGAUAGGUGCUCAGGUAGACCAGUCAGUCUUCGAAGAGCUUAUAAAGGAGCGACUUCCAGAACUGGCUGAACACAUGAAAGAUCUGUCCACCUUGGCUUCCAUUUCCCUUUCGUGGUUCCUUACCCUGUUCCUCAGCAUCAUGCCCCUAGAAAGUGCUGUGAAUGUCGUAGACUGCUUCUUCUACGAUGGAAUCAAAGCCAUUUUCCAGUUGGGCUUGGCUAUUCUUGAAGCCAAUGCAGCAGAACUAUGUAACAGCAAGGAUGAUGGACAUGCCUUGAUGAUUCUUAGCAGGUUUUUAGAUCACGUUCAAAAUGAGGAAAGCCCUCUACCUCCAAUCGGUAAUCACCAUGCCUUUUUUAGCGAUGAUCAGGAGCCCUGUCCAGUGACUGAAAUAGCUGAUCUGAUCCGUGAUUCCUAUGAGAAAUUCGGAGACCACUCUGUGGAACAGAUAGAGCAUAUGCGCUAUAAACACAGGAUUCGUGUUCUACAAAACCAUGAGGAUACAACCAAACAAAAUGUGCUCAGAGUUGUCAUCCCAGAUGUUUCAAUUCUUCCUGAAGAGUUAGAGGAACUAUAUGACUUGUUUAAGAGAGAACAUCUAAUGAGCUGCUACUGGCAAGGGAUGAGACCUGUAAUUCUGCGACAUGACCCAAGUCGGCCUUAUGCUGAGCAGUACAGAAUAGACUCUCAGCAGUUCACUAACCUUUAUAAACUUGUCUCACCAUGGACAUGUGGGGAACACACUCAAAUUGUAGCUGAAAGAACGUUCCGACUUCUGGAUGAAAAUAUGGACCAUCUCAUCGAAUUCAAAGGAUUUGCUAGCUGUUUAGAUGUUAUGUAUAAUGGAGAAAUGAAUGAAAAGAUAAACCUGUUAUACAGGCUGCACAUCCCUCCUGCUCUCACAGAAAAUGAGAAAGACAGUCAGUCACCACUGAAGAAUCCUUUAUUGUCUACUUCGAGGCCACUAGUAUUUGGAAAAACAAAUGGUGAUACAGUAGAUUACCAGAAGCAACUGAAGCAGAUGCUUAAAGAUUUAGCCAAAGAGAAGGAUACUAAAACUGAAAAAGCAAUGCCAAAAAUGAGCCAGAGGGAAUUCAUCCAGUUCUGCAAAACCUUGUACAGCAUGUUUCAUGAAGAUCCUGAGGAAAACUCUUUAUAUCAAGCCAUUGCCACUGUGACCACUUUACUACUUCAGAUUGGAGAAGUGGGUCAAAGAAGUAGCAGCUUGGGGAGUGGAUCAGAUGAAUUUACUGAGGAUGUACAUUCUGAGGCCUCGGCCUCAGACCAGGAUACUGUUUUUACUGACACUGUGAAGACUACUCAUAAAGAAACUCCAUCUUUACCUGUGACUGAAGGGAACUGGAUUAUCUCCUUCGAACAAAUUUUAGCAUCACUUUUGACUGAACAGUCACUAGUAAAUUUCUUUGAAAAGCCUUUAGAAUUGAAACCAAAACUGGAGAAUGCAAAGCUAAAUCAGUACUGUCUCAAAACAAAUGGAAUGAGUGACCAGUCACUAGGGGAACACAUGAAACUAAAUACACAGUAGCAAAGUUGCCUGAAACUGACUGCACUGAAGUUACACCAAAGCGACGUGUUGAAAGGCUGGCUUUUAGUUAGCAGUGCACUUUGUUUGCUCCUCAGUUUGAGAGCUUUAAAAGCUAAAGGGGUGUGUAGUUUGUGCUAUUGAUUUAUUAAAUAUGUUCUUGUUUUGAAUGUAAAAGGAAACAUCUGUCUGCACUGUGAAGACACUGCAGACCCAUUACAUAUUGGGAGAGCAGAAGCUGGCUCCAGUAGUUUUGUUACAGAGUUUUUGUUUUUAAUUGGGGAAAACCCUCCUCAGCUGUCUGCAGUUUGUUUAUGUGGUGAUUUGGUUUUUUUUUUUUUUUUUUUUUUGCACUAAUCCUGAAGACUUGUUUCAAUGCUGGUAAUUGAAACUAUUAAUAUUUUUGAUUGUAUUCAGAUCUGUAUGUCUUGCUAAUCUUAAGUGUACAUGGACUGCUUCUGAUGUUCUGUGAAAACAUGCACUUUUCAAUUAAACCUUUUUGUACUGGA